GUACCUCGCAUCCUUUGCACCCACACUCCCCACAAGCAGGUGGUGGUAAUACACCCAACUGCCAAAAGGAAGAGGAGGAGAAGAAGCAGCCACGCCCUUUGAUGCCACCUGGAAAGGUCUUUAUCCCUACCAUGACCUCACACAUCACUGAUUAAAAGCAUGAUGGUAAAACUUGGACUUUGAGUGGCUGCAAAUGAAAUGAACCUGUGCAGGUCUCUGUCAAUGAUGUUGAUGUCUGUGGAGGCCGAUCCAUGACUGAUCACUGUCACGCUGAUGCUUCCCAGCUGGCCACACUGCACACAAUGCUGAGAUAUGCUUUUAGGAAUCACUUGUUCAAUUCAAUUCAAAGAAUUGAGAGACAAAAACCAACAAUUAAAUGACUCUAAGCACUAUGUGGUAAUGAGAAAUUAAAACAGGAAGAAACCUCUGGCAGAACCAGGCUCAUGGAAGGGCAGCGAUCUGCCUCAACCGGUUGGGGGAUAAGGGAGAAGAAAGCGAAGGGAGAGCCAGUCUUUUAAACCUUUCAGACGCUUGAGCCCCUCCCAAUGGAAGCCAGAGGAAAGUUUGACUUUACAGCAGUAACAGAUGACGAGCUGGGCUUCAAACAGGGCGACCUAGUCAAGGGUUCUCCAUUAGCUAGUAGUACCUACUCAGCCAGGGUUCCAAGUGAGAUUAUACAUUAUGACAACAUCUGGUGUAAAGCAGAGAUGAAUGGAGAGGAGGGUCUUGUGCCACGUAACUUCCUCGACAUUCAUUUUCCAAGUCAUGAGCACAGGACCUGUUUCUGCAGAUGGUUUCGGGAGGAUGCCACUCGUGGAGAUGCAGUGGAGUUCCUGAUGAACAAACAUGUGGGAGAGUUUGUGAUCCGAGGGUGUCGGACCAGCCCAGGAAACUUCUGCAUUUCUGUCAAGUAUGAGCAGGGCAUGAUGCAUUACAGAUUGCUGAGGGACAAGAGAGGUCAUUACUUCCUGUGGAGGGAAAAAUUCACCUCUCUGAACAAACUGGUGGACUUCUACAAAACCAACUCCAUCUCCAAAAGCAGGAUAAUCUACCUCAACAUCAAUGGGAUCCUGGACCAAGGCGGCCCCUCCGAUGCUCAGCCAACUACGUCUUGUUUUCAAGUGAUGGCGGUGUGCGACUUCCCUGCUAUACAAGACGACGAACUUGGUUUCAACGCAGGAGACGUCAUUGAGGUGCUGGAUAUGUCUCAUCCUUUUUGGUGGAAAGGGAAGCUGAAAGGAAUUAUUGGACUAUUUCCUGUAAAUGCCACAAGACCGCUGUGAGGAAAUCCGCAACUGAUGCUGUUACUACACCUGCUUACGUUCGGACUCGGCCUGCAGGUGCACCUGCCCUCGAUUAAGAGUUUCUAAACCUUAAUGAGAAGCUGGCUUUUAGAUAACGCUGCACAUCAGCCUUCAACCAGAGGAGUGAGUCAGUACAGCUUUUUAUCUAAAGGAGCAGAAUAACGAUGAAUGUCUGCUCAUGUUUUAACACAUGGAUGUAUGCCCUACACACACAUUUUUUUUACCUUUUUAAAUAAAAAAAAUUUAUGACCAAGAUUAAA